AAAAGGAACAAUGGAUGCAGUUGCGCCAUGAAGUCAUCAGGUUGCAACAUUCUACACAUCUACAACAAGACAAACAUUUAUUAUGUAGAAAUUCAAACAACGCUUGAAUCUUAUUCUGUUACACCUACAUUUGCUUACAUUUUAGGAUACAAACGAAAACCAUGUAAGUGACGUUUACAGUUGUUCAUGAAAUAGGUUUAUCUUAGAAAGAAAAUUAUAUAUAAUUACUAUAAUUGACACAUUCUAGAGCUCAUGGCUGCAAGCUCAAAUAAACGCCGUCCUUGGCUCAAUUUCAAAAGCCCUGUUCCAAAAGUCCUUGCCUGCUUUGACCAGACUCCGAAAACAGCACAGAACGACGCCUCGACUGCGUUGCCUCCUGCCACAUUUAAGUUCGGCUCUUCUUCUAUCUCGCUGACAUGGACAAAUCCACCCGGUUAACGUUAAUACCGCUAUUUUACCUGCUAUCUGUUCAGAGACUUUGUCUGUGUGGUCAGAACCUAGGCUUUGCUCCCGUUGAGCUGGCUCCCAUUCCUUGUAACGACAAGGCUGUGGAGAAGCUCUCCCGCUUGGCCGUCACCUAUAUCAACGAGGACCGGACAGAAGGUUACAAGUUUGCGCUCAACCACAUCGCGAACGUCCACCUGCACGCUCAGGGUCCAGCAGGGAAUGUGUAUUACCUGGACCUAGACGUACUUGAGACAAAGUGUAAUGUUGGCAGUCCGAAACCAUGGAAACGCUGUGACAUCAGACCAUACAUGGAAACACAAAUCUCUGGCAACUGCAACACCACCAUUCUCCACACACCAGAGGGCUUCUCCUACCUUUACAGCUAUGACUGCACUCUAGUCCCAGAUUCCCCAGAGAAGUUGCAGCAGACCUGUCCAACCUGUCCCCUCCUCCUGCCAGCCGACAGCCAGGUGGCUGUGGACGCGGCCAGGAUCACACUAUCCUCCUACAAGAGAAAGUCCACAAUGGCAGCACAGCUGGGCGUGAAGAAGAUCACCAGAGCCUCGGCCCAGGUAAGACCGGUGGAGGCCAGCUUCGUGGAGUACACAGUUCAGCAGUGUCCUGACGGACUAACAGAGAGCGGGACAUGCCAGCGACUAAACCUUGAAUCUGACACACAGACCGCAGGUUUUUGUGCAGGAUCAGUGUAUGGUGAUUUGGAGAUAAACCCUGAAGUUCAAAUAUUCUGUGAGAUGUUCAAAUUACAGAGCAUUGAUACAUCCAGACCAGUGCAGCCCCAGGGUCAUGACAGACUUCCGAAACCUGUGCCUAGUAUGUGGCCGCCCACGUCGUUCCCCAGAGGGGAAACUGAUCCUCAAGUAAUUUCUGACCCUACUUUCCCCCCCCCGGCUCCUACGGAGGUGCACACUGACCCGGCACCCUUUGACCCUGUGACCUUUGAUCCUCCCAUUAUGGUUCUACCCUCGGAUUCCCUUACCUCGUCCUCUAGCGAGUCCUCGGAAGCAAUGGCGCCGGUUCGACGUCGACCGCAGCACUACCACGACUUCUCCUCUUCAGAGGAGGAGACAGGGGUCCCACUGGCACGUCGUCCUACCAAUGACUUCCGUUACAAUAAGAGCAACCGGAGAAAAAGGCAGGCCUUGGGGGAGGUGGAGAUCCAGCCCAAACCCAAUCAUGCACCCAUCUUCCUCUCGGAAUUUCCCAGUGGUGUUUCUCCCUUCCGCUCCUGUCCUGGUCCGGCCCGAUACACCACUGCUUAACUGCAGGCAAGUGCUAGCAUAAUGUGUUAUUUUAGGAGGGUGAUAAGUAGAUAAGCUAUUCUUACCAUUGUUUUUACUAGAAAGUGGAUCUAAUAAAGAGAAUAACAGCUUCAUUUGCAUUGAAACUUUUAACUGUAAUUGUUCUCUUGUUAUAGUGGGAGCAACAUGGGACUAAAUUGUAAUUAUGAUGUUUCUGUAAACAUGUUCCCAAAUGCUACAAAAAUGUGUUCAUAAUAUAUUGGGUCAUAUUUUCUAUUUUACCAAUUCAAUAUUUCAAACAAUUAAAAAAAUGUGAAACCUA